CUUUAAGAGCGCUGCAGUGGUCAGGCUGCUAUUGACGUCAACGGGCAAACACGCUGAAUAGAUUUUAGAAGUGAGAACACUGCAGUGGAGUGCACACCGCAGGCAGACGCGCGUCCGCUACCUAGAGCACCUUCAGAGCCAGCAUAGUCGAGGCAGAGACGGAUGAUCGGGUUUAACUGAUAGAGAACACGUUACUGACAAGGAGAAAGAACAACACUCAGAACCCGGAACAAAAGCUAUGCUUAUAUUUUAGUUUAGAAAAAGAAUACACGCAUUUCUUUUUUGGGAGCUAAGCAUGGCUAUAUAAAAAUUGACAAUCCUGGAAAAUACAUUUAUAAACAACGCCAACAUGGCAGCCUCCAAAAGUGGUUAUGAAGGGAAGAUAGCUGGCCUGUAUGACCUCGACCGGACGUUGGGUAAAGGUCACUUUGCCGUGGUCAAGCUAGCCCGCCAUGUCUUCACAGGUCAGCUGGUGGCAGUCAAGGUCAUCGAUAAAACCAAAUUGGACAGCAUGGCGGCCGGUCACCUGCUCCAGGAGGUGCGCUGUAUGAAGCUGGUGCAACACCCCAAUGUGGUUCGACUGUACGAAGUAAUCGACACACAGACCAAGCUCUACCUGAUUCUGGAGCUGGGCGACGGUGGCGACAUGUACGAUUACAUCAUGCGUCACGAGGGGGGAGUAUCUGAAGUCCUGGCCAAGGUGCACUUUGCUCAGAUCGUGCGCGCCAUCUCCUACUGCCACCGGCUCCACGUGGUUCACCGGGACCUCAAGCCAGAGAACGUGGUCUUCUUUCGGCAGCAGGGCACGGUUAAGCUGACUGACUUUGGCUUCAGUAACCGUUUCCAGCCUGGCACCAUGUUGAUGACAAGCUGUGGCUCUCUGGCCUACUCUGCACCCGAGAUCCUGCUGGGAGAGGAGUACGACGCGCCCGCUGUGGAUGUCUGGAGCCUGGGGGUGAUUCUCUACAUGCUGGUGUGCGGACAGCCGCCUUUCCAGGAGGCCAAUGACAGCGAGACUCUGAUCAUGAUCAUGGACUGCCGGUACACGGUUCCUGCGCGCAUCUCCCCAGAGUGCAAAGAUCUGAUCUCACGCAUGCUUCAGCGGGAUCCCCUGAAGCGGGCAUCGCUGGAGGAGAUAGAGAGUCAUCCGUGGCUCAAUGGGGUGGAUCCUUUGCCCACUAGCUGCACCACCGUCCCUCUCACCUCCUACAAGAGCAUCUCCAAGGAGGAGCACGAGAUCAUCAUCCAAGCCAUGACCUCCGGCCAUAUCGCUGACCGGGACACCAUCCAGGAAGCUCUGGAGGCAGAUCGGUAUAACCACAUAACUGCCACAUACUUUCUUCUGGCUGAGAGGAUCCUCCGGGAAAAGCAGGAUCGACCGGGUCAGACCCCGAGUGCAGAGUGCAACUGGGCAGAACCAGGUCAAAACCGACGACCUCUCUCUGAACCCCUGGAUUUGGGAAGACCCCGGGAGCUGACUGGUGGAGUGUCGAUGUUAUCGUCUCCAGAGAUCCUGCACUCGGCUGUUGGGCCCUACAAGGACUUCACUGAGAAAACUGAAACUGACAGCAGGAAGUCCUUGACAAUCCCCAUCAACAGGGAAGAGGACAACCCUCUCAGUGGUCAUGGAGUCGGACAGCAAGUGGGAAUGUUCUUAAGGUCAAGCGGGUCAGGGGAGCUGCCUUCUGGGAGAAACAUUUGUGCCCUGCAGCAGAUCUGUGAGGAAGAGGAGGAGGAGGAAGAGGAGGAGGAGGAAGCAACAUCGAUUGCAUUGCCAGAUUUGAACUGCAAGGCCUGUAAUCAAAAUUUGGGUUGUGCUGCUCUGAACAAUCAGGAGCAAAUAGAAGGAGCAAAACGCUUAGUUUGUGCAGAACUCUUAGGACUCUGUCCUCGCUCUAAAGAAUGCAGUAAAAAUACAAGUUCUGUUGAAGGGCUAGGAGAUACUUUUGAGAAGCAAGGUGAUAUGGCAGGAAACCAGGGUCUAGAAGGCAAGGCAGUUCUUGAAGGCCUGGAAGAACUGGAGCAAGACAGACAUCUUAUAAAAAGUGUUCAAAGUGAUCUGGAUGUAGAAAGCUGCCAAGCACUAAGACACCAUAAUAUUCUUGAAGGCAAAAAAGGUUUAGAAUUUCAGGAAAUUAAAGGUUGCACAGGUCUGGAAGUUAAUGUGGAUCUAGGAAGCAAGCCAUGCCUUCAUGAUUACACAUGUCUAGAGUGGCAGACAGUUAUUGAAGGACACAAGCAUAUGGGCGAUAAAAGCCUAGAAAAGCAGAAUGUUCAAGAAGAACAUUUUCCAGAAAUUCCUACAAAAGUAGAUGACCAUGAAAGUACUGCGGAGCAACUAGAAGGCAAGAAUGGUUUAAAAAGGCAAAGCAUGUCAGCAGAAUGCCAGAAAGUUUUAGAAGACCCUGUUAGACGACAUCAGAAAGUUGAGAACGAUCAAGGUUUGGAGGAAAUGAGAAUGCAGGAAGAACAAAAUUUAGAGAGCCAAGAUGUUUUAGACAAUCACGGAGUUCCAAAGGGACACUAUAGUGUUAAUGAGGAAGACCCUUUAAAAUAUACUACAGUUCAGAGUCAGAGCUCACAGAAUCCAGAGAACCAAAAGUAUCCAAGUAUGGGACACAGCAGUCUUGACAAAAGCAGCUGCAGCGAUUCACAGACAGUUGUAGAAGUACAGAACGAGAAAACCCUAUCUAAUUGCAUUAGGAGUAGAGCGCAGUGCUGCCAAGGAAAGCUCAAGGAGGCAAGCCCAGAGAGUGGAGAAGAACCCAUGAAAGAGCACAACAACAACACACCCAAGGUGGAGCAGAAAACCUCAGCACCAUCUGGAUCACCGAAGACCUUCAAGAACCAUUGCGUCAACACAGGUCCAGCUGCCCUUGAACUCCAAGUAAGUUCACUUACCAAAGACAACAUCUCUAUUCAGCCCCUGGACAGGGAGCGAUGGGGUCCCCAGGACAGGGAAGGUGGUGAGAGUUCUUUAUUCGAGAGCCCCAGGAGGGUCGCUGGAGGUAAAGAGUCCACUUUUUCCAGUCAGGGGGGCGUAUGUCUUGCAACCAGCUACGAAAUGGGUCCAGAGCCGAUGAUCAGGAUAGAUCCGGCCAAAAACAAGAAUGUGAAUCUGAGGGACCGGCUUCUACAGUUCCCUUUGUGUGAGAAAGCCCUUUCAUUUAAAAUCAAGCCCAGUUCGAAGGAAAGUCUGAUGCCAUUUGGACAGUUUAAUUGCUGCCAUGUACUAUAGACAGGGUCAGGUUGAUUCUGUAACUGGCAACUUGAGGUGGCCAAGUAUUGAACAGGACCUCUAGAUUUUAUUUUAUUACAUACUGUAGACUGAAUAAAUGGGAAUUAUCUCCAUGUGAGACUAUUUAAAAUUGUAUUUUAUUUUAUUUUAAAAGUAACUUCUGUCAAUCGUUUUCCCAGACUGACUAGGAUGUUCUAAUCUUAUUAUAGAAACUGGACAGACUUAACUGAUAUGCAGCUGUUUCUGAUUACUGUAUUUUAAUCCAUACUGUUAUAUAUUAGUUUUCAAAUCAGGAUAACUACUUGUGAACUAUUUCAAUCAGUAAGGCUCAUUUUAUUUAUAGAAAACCCUGCUUUAUCUUUCCAAACAUCAGCUGGCUGAAUGAUAUGUACUGAUGUGAAAUAUCCAGGGAGUUUAACUCUGCAUGCUAGGAAUGCUUGACUGAUCUGCCUUGCUCGAGGGGAUUCUUCAUCAGAGCCCUAGUCCUGCAUGAAGUUUGUUUCCAGGUCUGGCUUUAAGGGAUCGAUUCUUCAGUCACGAAGAAGAGCAGAAGCUGAGAUGCCCCACACCAGUGUUCUGCAAGCAGGCAGUAGCCCUACUCCUUUAAGUGAGUUUCAGUGCAGUUGAGCUCAGAAGGGGAGAAACUGGGGCUAAAAACAUCCAUAAACCGCAAUUAGCUUGUUCCCAUUUUAGCCCUGAUUCUGAUAGAUGCAUGAUCUAAUGAAGAUCUUGACAGUCGUUUUUAAGGUUGAUUUGAGAUAUGUAACCACAAUCUACGCUUCUUGAGGGUGGCAGAAAGCACCCUCUUAAAGAGCAGAUUUUUUUAAACCAGAAUAAACCAGUACUUCCACCCACAGUGGUUUUAACCAUUAGUUCUCCAGGUUUUCAGCUGGUCUUAAAUAAACCUCUUUCACUGCUUCAGUCCACUAGCUAUUGUCCACAGUGAAAAUUGCAAUAAAUAACCCUAGCUGCUGUUAACCUGCUUUGUUGUUCCAGUUCCUAAGCUGUUUCCAUCCGGGGAUAAAACUGAGGUGCAGCAGGUUUUAUAUAUAUAUAUAUAUAUAUAUAU